AUGAUGUUCAGGCGGCGAAGAAGAGGUCAAGUUCAGUCACCAAAACCUCACAGCAGCUGCAGAGAAGCUGCACGGCUCUGCAGGGAAUGCUCUCCUCCGCUCCUCCUGAAAUUCAGCAUCAAUCCUGGACGGCCGCUGCACAGCAGGACGAGUCCUACUUCCAGUUUGGACUUAAGGGAGGAGGACAGUGACCAGCCCGUCGAGGAGUGGAUGAUCCUGGGAAAAGAAGAGCAGGUGGAAGACUCAAGUAUCCAGCUCAACCUGAGCUACUGGAACAGCUCUGAGGAUGACUCUGGAGAUGAAGAUCAGACUGUGAUACCAGUUAAGGAUAUCUGGGCUGUAUCAGAGAAAGACAAGUGGGGUGCUGAUCAGUCUCUGCCCAGCCGAUAUUUUGUGCCUGGUCGUUCUCUGAUCUGUAACAUCUGUAACAGGACGGGACACCUUGCCAAAAGCUGCUACUACCACAAGAAAUGUCCCACCUGUGUCCUUUGUGGGAUCCAGGGCCACAUUCAGAGGGACUGCACGGGCCGCCCAUGCCCCAGCUGUGGACUACCUUCACAUGGCUUCACGCCCUGUGAAAGGCCCCCGGUGUGGAACCAGCACUGCGAGCGCUGUGGGAUGACGGGGCACCUUUCUGAUGCCUGUCCUGAUACAUGGAGACAAUACCACUUGACAAUCCGGUUAGAGGUUCCACUCAGGCCAUUGACCAACCACACCCUAAAACAUAAGCAUUACCCAGCUUAUUGUUACAAUUGCUCUGAGAGGGGACAUUAUGGCUACGAGUGCACUAAGAGGAGGAUGGUCAGUGGGACUUGUCCUUCACUGCCCUAUGUUUGCCACUAUGACACCAUGGAGGACAUCCUCCAACGUCGUACCAGGAUGCAGAGACAAGCCAAAG